CGAAGCAUCCCUAAUUCCCGAUCUGUCAUCGUGUUUGUAAAAUUCGGCUGCCAUUUAUAGUAGUUCUGCUGAAACAUUUUAAGUAAGAAAACUGCUGUUUUAAAGGAGUUUUACAUUAGAAUUACCCAAAAAAAACGCAAAAAGUGUAUAGCAAAGUUUCUUAAUAACUUUAUCAACAAAAGCCGCCUAUUCCAUUCUCGCAUUUGCGGCAUUGGUUUAGUUUUGUCAGCUAGGUACAUAAAAUAUAAUUGAACCAUGGUGGACGCUGCCCGUCAAAUGUUGGACGAGCUCAUGGGCCGUAAUCGAAAUUUACAUCCAUCGGAGGCGCCACGUAAAAUUAGUUGGGAUGAUCCUGAUUUUUGCCAAUACUAUGUUGUAAAAUUUUGCCCACAUGACCUUUUCAUAAACACUCGCGCGGACUUGGGGCCGUGCACACAAAUCCAUGAUGACGAGGCAAAAAGGUUGUACGAAGAAGCACGCCCAUCUCCUCGUAAGCGUUCUUACGAAGAUGAGUUCUUGCGAUUUUGCAACAACAUGUUAAAUGAUGUUGAUCGAAAAAUACAAAAAGGCAAACAACGACUCCAGCUCAUGCAACGCGAUCAGCCCAUACCCACCAUACCGCUUUCCAAGUACGAGGAACAGUUAAAUAAUAUGAACGCACGCAUAAAAAAGUUGCUAUCCGAAGCAGAAGAAGCUGGUAUUCGUGGGGAUGUUGAUCAGGCCAAGGACCUAAUGGCUCUGUGCGAGCAAUUGAAAGACGAGAAGGACGCACUAAUGGCGCAACACGAGCAACAUCAGCAGUUGCAUCAGCAGACAAAUGGCGCAAUGAAAGAUUCUAUUACAAACUCCCCACCGCAAAGCAUAGAGGGUGAAAAAUCACCGAAAAAUGAAGAGGGUGCUAGCACCAGUGGAAGUGAAAAGAAAAUACUACCGUGGAUGCAAGAUUUGGGCACUCUACCUGAAAAGCAAAUGGAAGUUUGUGAGAUUUGUGGAGCUUUUCUGAUUGUUGGUGAUGCGCAACAACGCAUCGAAGACCAUCUCAUGGGAAAACAACAUCUAGGCUACUCCCGCUUACGCAAGGCCGUAGAAGAAAUACACGAGCGUAGGCAAAAUGAUCGUGAAGAGGAGGAGCGCAAGAGGCGCGAAGAACGUGAACAACGCAGUGUACAGCGAAACGCUUUUGGUAAUCAUAAUGAUCGCAGGCGCAGCGAGCAUCACGAUCAUCGUGACCGCGACCGCGAACGUGAGCGUGAUAAUCGUGAACGUUCACGUGAUCACAGUAGCCGACACUCGGCCGACCGACACCGUCAUCAUCAUAAAUCAUCGCAUCGCAGACGUUCACAUUCGCGCAGCAGUCAUCGACGCAGCAGCCGGGAUCGUUAUAGCCGCAGCCGGAGCCGUAGUCACAGCCGCUACUAAUUACACACCAACAACACAAGUUCGUACGUGGCGGAUUGAGGUACUCCAAAAAAAAAAAGCAAACUAUAUAAACUUAAAAAUCUAGCCUAAUCUAAUAAAAGAAUACUCUCAAGUCGUAGAACAAGGCGGAGAGACAUUCAUGCACAUUGAAGUCGUUGCAGCGUAACUGCAACGCCGUGUCAGCGCAUGCUCUACCUAUGCGACUCCACUCUCAGCUGGCUUUAAUUGUCACAAAAUGCCACCAUUAAUUGCCGUAGGUUGCGUCAUUGUCAGAGUAUAAAAUCCGUUAAGUUGGCUGCGUCAUUUCGAGGUACAUUUGAAGCAAAAUUAAAAAAAAAAACUAAUAGAUUAAAAAUUAUGUUAUUGCAAGGUAGUUGGUUUUAAUUUUUGAGUUCUUUGUUUAACUUUUCAUAGCGUAAAUUCACUUACAAAGCGAUGAUAAGUGACUAUAGUCGAUCGCAUACAUAUAUACACGAGCGACUGAAUGUCCGCCCGAACCCAGUUUAGUAGCGACUACAAGACCAGUCCCCUCCGAACAAACUCGAUUACAAGGUACUUUUUGGAUUUUUUUCAAACAUGUAGCAUAAAAAAAACAUAACACUUAACUAAAUGACAAAACCAAAUCAAAAGAAGCAAAUUAAUACUCGUAUUUUUCGUACUGUAUGUUCUGGAAGUCAACAUUUGAAGAUUACCAUACCAAUAACGUUUGUAGAAUUUAAGUGACCCGCGUACGCAUUCGUUCGUACGCCAGUUCGUUACUUCGUACAAUACGCUCAAUAAACUACGCACACAUUCACCCACAUCGAGGUAAUUGUUUAAACAAAAACUGAAUUUUGCAAAUUGCGUCUUCAUUCUUAUUUAGUAGGAAAAAAAGAUUUUGUGUGUUGGGAAGUUAAAAAAGUAAUGUGGUGGAAGUAAAGGGAUUGAAGUUGAUGUGUGAUUUAGUGGAAAACUCAAUUUUUUCAUACCCGCUUUACAAAGAAAUCACCUGCGAAAAGACAGUGCAUCAAAAUGGAACUAUAAUCACAACGCCCUCUAAAAACAAUCACCAACUGCUUCCUUUGUUCCUGUAGUCCGCGUGACUUCAACCGCUGAGCCAGUCAUCAACAAAGAGUGAACUUAUUGCAGGUAACAGACACCUUCCAAAAAUCAACAUUUUUUUUCAAACACAAACAGCUGUGCACAGCAGACGAGCAAUUAUUUGCCCUAAUAAUAAAUAACAGAAACAACAGCCAAGUACUUAUAAUCCCCAACGACAACAGCCGUCAGCAACACCGUACACGUGAACAACCAAAGGCGCUUGGGCCGAGCCGGCAGCAUGCACGUUAGGCCGCGAUAUAGCCAAAAAAGAGGUGAAUUUUUAACUAUUGAGUUUAUGCUUGAGUUUUCUAAUGCGUAAUUUUAUAAACGAAAAAGAAAAGCAAACAAAUUGGCAAACGGUAAAUCGCUGCCAACUAAUUUAUCUACUUCAUUAUUUUUCUAAUUAUUGUAACUUUUUAACUUUUUUGCAAUUAAGCGCGAUUUUUACGUUAAAAAACAAUAUUUGAAUAUUUUUAAAGCGAAAUGAAUUAUUAUGAACAUGUAUUGUUACUGAUUGAACUGGUGUUGUUUCUCAUUUUGAAAUUUAAGUUUUCAAUUCAUAAUUUAAAGUACUUAUUAGAGGCAAAUCAAAUCAGCAUAUUGCGCGAUUUUUAUAUGAAAAAUUACAAAAAAGUUAAAAAGCUAAACAACUUGUAACAAAAUAUUACACAUGUAGGCGCUUUUCUCGUUGUACAAAAUGACCGUUUACUUAUUAAAAAAAAAAAAACCUGCGCAGGCAAAAGCAAAAAAGAAUUACCCGGCUUCGUAGGUAUUAAUUAAAGUAGCGGAGUAAUUUAUCAAAUACAGCUGGUUACGAAAAUUUUCAAUAAAAUAUGCGAAUUCGAAGCAAAAACA